AUGACAUCUAAUAGUGGUGCGAAAUUGUGCACGGUAGAGGACAGAUAUAAGAAAAGCGAGACAGCGCGCAAGCUCUCUAUAAAGCGCCGCAACGUCGAGUACGUUCUGCAAUACGGCAACGUUACGCCGUUCAUGUGGUACAAGGGCCGCUACCGCUGCUUCUACUGCUCCGAGCCCAUGAAGGAGCCCGAGCUGCUGAGGGAGCACACCGCGAAGGCGCACCAGUUCGCCAACCUAGAGCUGGUCGUGUUCGACCGCACGAAGAACAACCGCAACCGCGACGCCGCCGUGAAGGUGGACGUAACUGGGAUCUCGUGCAAGCUCUGCUCGAGGCCGGUCAACGACCUCGAGCAGCUGAUCCACCACCUGAUCAUUGCGCACGACGCCGAAUACGACCUCAGCGUGCCCAACUGCUUGCUGCCCUUCAAGUUAGACCGCGACCAGCCGACGUGUCCCAUCUGCGACACGAAGUUCGUCUUCUUCGAGUAUCUACUGCGGCAUGCGAACAAACACCACCUAUCGCACGACUACAUAUGCGACGUGUGCGGCACCAGCUUCCAGGGGGAGAACCACCUGAAGAUGCACAACCGCUACUACCACCGGGAGGGCGGCUACACGUGCGAGCACUGCGGCAUAACGCUGGCGACCCUCUCGAAGAAGAUACUGCACGAGAAGAACGUCCACAUGGUGAACCUCUCGACCUGCCCCCACUGCCCCGAGACCUUCAAGAGCCCGUACUUCAAGAAGCUCCAUCUGGCGAACGUGCACGGGGUCGAGGAGCUGAGGAUCAAAUGCCCCUACUGCCCGAAGGUGUACCCGCAGGAGAGCAUAAUGUCGCGCCACAUGAGGCGCGUCCACCUCAGGGAGAAGAACGUGGAGUGCGAGGUCUGCGGCGACCGCUUCUUCGGCCCGUACGACGUAAAGCUGCACAUGCUGAAGCACAACGGCGAUAAGAAGUUCGUCUGCGCGGUAUGCGGGAAGAAGUUCUCGAAGAAGAACAACCUCAACACGCACUCGGCGAUCCACGACGCCGCCAGGAGGUUCUCGUGCAGCGUGUGCGGUAAGGACUUCGCGCACGAGCCCAACCUGAAGGUGCACUUGAAGACCAGGCACCCACUAGAGGUCAAGAGCGGUUCGGACCAAAGCGUGGGCAUCGCCAACGAGCUGGACGACUCGGAAAUCGUCCAGAUGGAAUUCGUCCGGGACGAGAUAGAAGGCGCCGAGCUGACGGGACAGUACAUACAU